AAGAUUUUGAAUAGAAUGAGCACGAGGCAGUCGGAAAGCAAAAUAAUUGACAUCUGCUCGCCAAAGCACACCGAGGAGAAGGCCAUUACUCUCCCUUUUUUACUACCUCGGUGCGAAAGCAAAAGCAGGCUCCGGGUGGAGCAGACAGACCCCGACAACCAGAGCAAGCAGGGGAGUUUCCCCAAAACCACAAAAUCCCCGUGUCCAAGCAACCACUUCAGAGCGCCCUGGAGGAGGAAAAUAAACAAGCGAGCGCAGGAAGGAGCCGCAGCGAUGUUGGCACUGAGUCUGUACCACAAGAACCUACCAAAAAUUGAGACCGUCCAUCAGGUGAAGUUCCUGCACACAACUCUGUCUCAGAGAGGUCUGGAGGAGUUUUUUGAUGAUCCAGGAAACUGGGGGGAAAAAAGUGUAAAGUCUGGGGAUUCAUGGAACGUAAAGCAGCUAAGGGGCAAGAGUAGUGAAGACUUGCACAAACUGUGGUAUGUCUUGCUGAAAGAAAAGAACAUGCUCUUAACCUUAGAGCAAGAAUCCAAACGACAGCGCAAGCCGAUGCCCAGUCCAGAACGCUUAGAAAAGGUGGAAACAUCUAUGAAAAAUAUAGACUUGGUUGUCAGAGAAAGAGAAAUUGCUUUGAGGCUUUUACAAACAGGCCAUGAAAAGCCAGUCCCUGGCGAGUGGAGACACGACUUCUUGGGACGCACCUUCUGGUACAGUUACAAGGAAUGGCCAAUACCAUGGCACUUGAACAAAAAACACAAAAAGAAGAGAUUCUAUUACCUACCUCAUGUGAAUCACUUCAUCAGACUCAGACUUGAAAAAUCCUUACGGAAAAGGGCAAGGCAGCAAAGCCUGGAGAGGACGAGGCAGAAGGUCUUGGAAAGGAAGUUCCCCCACAUUGCUGUGAAAUCCCAGAGCCAGUAACGUGCUGGAAGAGCACUGCAAGGUCGAGUGUCUGUGGAGCAUGAAUCAUGUUCUGGAACCACAAACAACUCCACUGAGCAUUCCACAGAGUCUACAUCUAUUUUUUGGGUUGUUUUUAGUACCACAUUUGACUUCAAUUAAACUUGUGAUCUGGAAUUAAAAAGCAGCUUUGGUGCCUAAC